AUGGAUGUAAAAACAUCAGUAAUUAUACCGGAAUUGUGUGGACAACUGAUCCAACAGUUUAUUAAUGGCUCGGACUUUGUGUUGGCUAUGAAUGAGGACAACCAUGUGUUCAGUUGGGGACUCAAUCAUAGGGGACAGUGUGCUAGAGAUGUGACACCAGAAGGGGUUUAUUUAAAACCACAACUAAUAUCACAAUUAAACGACAAGAAUAUCGCAUAUAUUUGUUGUGGUGUUUGGCAUUCCCUGGCGCUCACGACCGAUGGAAAGGCGUACGGGUGGGGCAACAAUUAUUCGGGACAAAUAGGAUCUGAAUGGCAACGAAUUGUAACAAAAUUGGGACAUAAUUCGCAUGAAAACCAUUACAAAAGUCUGUUCAUUGAGUUAUCGGCCAUCGGUUCCGGAGGUUUUGGAACCGUAUAUAAAGUAAAGCACAGAAUCGAUGAACACAUAUAUGCCGUCAAAAGAGUCCAAAUUAAA